GAUUUGUUUUGGUUUGAUAAUAUGACUUCUUUUAUUAUGCAAGUAUCAAUUUUGUCCACGUUUCCAAUUGGAAUUUUAAUUUUUAAUUAAUUGACACGUCGACCACCUAAUAGUCAAACAUCAUUAUUGACGGUCACAAAAAAAACAAAGUUAAAGGAAAUAAACAGUUUAAUGACCAAACAUUCAAUGAAUCAUAGAAUAAGUCCCUUUCCCUUUUUUCCCUUUCUUGUUCAUUUCUUCCCCUCAAGUUUCCCAGGAGAGAACUGUAAAAAAAAAAAAAGUUCCCCAGAAGAAAUUUUUAUAAUUUCUCUGGGGAAAAGCGAUUUCUACAGCCAUAUAUAUACAUAUAAUCAUUCAAUUUCAGAGAAAGAGAGCUCGAUCCAACAAAAAAGAACAGAGAAAAUGAAUCGCAAAACCGCCAGAAAACCUCUCCCUCCGGUAUCGAUCCCCUCGCCGCCGGCGACGGAUGCCGACGAGCCCCUGACUCCCGCCGGCCGGAUGUUCCUCCAGCCGGAGCUCGACACCGUAAUCCACUGCGCUAUCGGGGUACAAAACCCCCUCGACGUCGACGCCAUCAAGGAAAUCAUCAGAAACUCGCUGCUACUCAAGCACCCGCGGUUCUCCAGCGUGCUCGUCCGGGACGAGCACGGCCGCGAGCGGUGGCGGAGAACGGAGGUCGAAAUCGACCGCCACGUCUUCGCCGUCGACGCGGCGGAGAGGCGACGGCGGCGGGCGGCGGCGGGAGAUUCCGACGAAGGCGGGUGUGCGGAGAGGAAGGUAAACGACUACAUCGCCGGUUUAUCGGCGGGCGAGCCGCUGAGAUCCGACAAGCCGCUGUGGGAAAUCCACCUGCUGACGGAGGAGCGGUGCGCCGUGCUCCGGAUCCACCACGCGCUCGGCGACGGCAUCUCGCUGAUGUCGAUGCUGCUCGCCGACUGCCGGAAGUCGGAUAAUCCGGAUGCGAUCCCCACCCUCCCGGCUGCGGAAAGUGGUCGCCGCCGCCGGCGGCGGUCGUGGGUGGCGACGGCGGCGGAGUUGGUGAUGAUGGUGGUUUACAGUCUGGUGUACUGCUUGGAGUUCACGCUGAGGGUGCUCUGCGUCGGCGAUCGGAGGACCGGGAUCAGCGGGGGCGCCGGGACGGAGCUGUGGCCGAGGAAGUUGGCGACGGCGAAGUUCUCGAUCGAGGACAUGAAGACGGUGAAGUCAGCGGUGGCGAAUGCGACUAUAAACGACGUUCUAUUCGGCGUGAUAGCAUCCGGGCUAUCAAGAUACUUGGACCAUCGAACUCCAAAUGCUCUGAAGGAAGGCCAACAAAUAACAGGGAUGGCCAUGGUUAACCUUAGACCACAAUCUGGAUUACAGGAAUUAUCAGACAUGAUGAAGAGCAAUUCAGCAGCAAAAUGGGGUAACAGAUUUGGGAUACUGGUGUUACCAGUAUUUUACCACAGCCACCACAGCGAAGAAGGGUCGAACUCGAAUCCGCUGGAUUUCGUGAAGAGAGCCAAGAAGAUGAUUGACAGGAAGAAGAAGUCUUUGGAAGCUCACUUCUCUUACAAGCUCUGCAACAUUGUCAUGUCCACAUUAGGUCCUAAGUUUGCAUGCAAGUGUAACUACGAUAUAAUCUGCAACACCUCGUUUACGAUCUCCAAUGUUCUCGGACCCAAGGAGGAAAUCACCAUUGCUGGGAAUCCUGUCACCUUCCUAAGAGUCAAUACUUCAAGCAUUCCCCAUGCUUUGACAAUGCACAUGGUGAGCUAUGCAGGGAGAGCUGACAUGCAGAUUUUGGUGGCCAAAGAUGUUAUUCCGGACCCGGAAUUUCUGGCUAAGUGCUUCGAAGAUUCUUUGAUGGAGAUGAAGACUGCAGCUGAAAAGGCUGCUGCUGCUGCUGCUUCCUGACUUGCUCGUAUCAACAAAAACUAGUUCAAACA